CCAGCCUUAAUUCAGGCAGCACCAUGGGGCCUAGCUACCGCUAUCCUCUCUUCCUCUGCCUCGUGCUGUGCGGGGGCACGGAGCUGUGCUGUGCCCUGCCUCAGUGGCUCUUGCCCGGUGGAACUGUGAACCCAGUGACGCCUCCAUCAUCCGUGGAGGUGGAGUGUCUGGAAGCUGAGCUCGUGGUGACCGUCAAUAGAGACCUUUUUGGCACCGGGAAACUCGUAGAGCCUGGGCACCUCACCCUUGGCUCAGAAAGCUGUCAGCCUCUGGUUUCCGUGGAUACCGAUGUGGUCAGGUUCAAGGCCCAGUUGCACGAAUGCAGCAGCAGGGUGCAGGUGACAGAAGAUGCCCUGGUCUACAAAACCAUCCUGAUGAACGAUCCCCGCCCUGUGGGCGGCCUGUCCACCCUGAGAACUAACCAAGCGGAGGUGCCCCUUGAAUGCUGCUACCUCCAGCUCUGA